UAUAGAAUAGCCUCCGGUCGCUCCGGACAUAUCGGGUAUGGACCCUUCGGCGGGCCGAUCAGGAACCAAGGUUAAUGGGCCGUCAUUUUCAACAUCCGCGCUGAGAACUGAUCCGACCCGCGAUGCCAAGCCCAUCUGCACACAACACACAGAAUAUAAUCUCUACGAUCUAUGCCCUACGGGCCUGUUCGCGAUUGCGUUUGAUUGUGUCCAGACACUCGCCUAGCCAAGGUCAUCGUCUUGCUCCUGCUGCUGCCCUGCCGCCAAGCCACGUCACACCAACGCCCAGACAUUACAGCAGCAGCAGCGGAUCGCCUCAAUCCAGCGCCGGCACACCCUGGAUCGCGUCGGUCCCAAAGGCAGCGAUGGUUCCUUUGCCUCUGUUCAAGCUUGCCUCUCUCUUUGUGCGGCACGUCUCCAAAUAUGGCGCCAACCGGAUCAAGAUCCAAGCUCACGACCACCCACGGUUCCGAGCAUUUGCGGCGAGGUACGGCCAGGUUAUGCACCAGAUCAACAUGCGAAUGUCGGUAGCAUCGAUGAGGAACAUACAAAAGGAACUCAAGGCGAAAGACAAAGCCGAGGCCCCCACGGUUAAGACGAAAGAGCAGACCGAAAAGGAAGAAGCUUCAAAGGCAGCCGGGCAUCAGCAUCAGCACUUUGGGGAGCCAAAGAAGAGCAUAUGGCGUCGCAAGUUCAGGCCUCUCCCGGAAGAAAAGGCCGUGGAUCUGUUUGCGGACGUGAUUGGUGACGCCUUCAUUCUGGCCGUCGCCUGUGCCCUCAUCAUAUAUGAGUAUCAACGAUCAUCUGCCAAGCCCGAUGCCAACACGGAAAAGAUAAAAGAGCUGGCUGGUCAGCUCGACGAGUUAAAGAAGAGGGGAGGGGAGCUGGAGGAGGAGGAGAGGAAGCAGGCGGCCAGGAUUCAGACGCUAGAGGAGGCGCUGAGGAAUUACAAAGAUCCAAAGACGAAACAGCCACUUCUUCCUUUGCCUACAGCCCCGGCUGUUGAAAAGGUGUCAUAACCGCGGCUGCGCAUAUCCACAAGCGUUACAGGAGGGCAGCGUCUGGUUUGUGUGCUGAUCGCGGUGCCAUUCAAAUAAACCAAUACGUUCAACCGAGGGCGCAAUAUCAACGCAGUGUGUAUUUGCACCCAUUUGAGAAUGCCGAACCUGUUGGAUUCGCCACUUGUCGCGUUAUUUGCAGGGGCAUAGGUAUAUACCACUCCGCUCUGUAUAACAGAUCAUUUGUCUACAAAUAUGUAUGUAUAUGCGCAUGCGCUGCUGAACUGGGGAGGCUAAUCAGCGGGGGUGUAAGGGAGGUACGUGUAGUAUAGAAGUAGAAAUGACAUGAAUAGAAUAUACACAACCCAGCUAACAAUUGUGACA